CGCAGGACAGGACGCGGGAGCGGCGACGGGACGCGCACAUACGGGGGGCGAGGCCGUAGGGCGUCACGUGAUCGAAAGGCGCGGGAUGGCGGCGCUGGAAGCAACAGCAGCAGCAGCGGCGGGCGGCCUCCCGGGCGGCAGCCGAGACGAGGCGGCGGUGCAGGCGGCGGAGCGUCCCGGCCCCAGCGGCGGGGGCACCGGCGCCGCGGCGGAGAGGGAGCUUGCGAGGAAAGCGGCCGCGGCCGGGCCCGGCGGCUGGCAGAAGCUGACCAGGCAGAGGCAGUCGGGCAGGACGGCCGGGAGGAUCGAUGUGUACUUUGUCAGUCCUGAAGGAAAUAAGCUAAGAUCGAAAAGUGCACUUGUGGAAUAUUUUCGGAAAACUGGGGAGACGACGCUGAAAGCAGAAGAUUUUGAUUUUACAGCUCCUUAUCAGAGGAGAACCCGUGUGAGGGUGAAAAGAUACAGCACAAAAGCUGUGGGAACUGUUUUAGAGAAUGAGGAUUGUCACGGUCAAGUGCAAGGCCUCAGUAUACCAAAUGGUGAAGAGGACAGAAUUCAGAACAUUCAGAUGGGAAAUGGACACCUGGAAGAUGUUACAUCCACUCUGGAAAGUGAAGAUUUGACCAUGAAAGGCAUAAAACCAGAGGACUGUUUGAAAACCAAAAAAAAAGCGGCAGGUGGAAAAAGUAUUCAGAAUAAGAAAACUGGAAAGAGCUCAGAAAAGAGGAAUCGAGAUAAUACCCAACACAAAAGACAGAGAGCAGCAUGUAACAAAGAGGAAACCGAGUGCAUUCAAAUCAAGAAAUUCUGUAGAAAGAGACGCAAGCGUGUCGCUGAUAGUCGGGGCCUGGAUGAUCAGAAUGCAGACCCUAUGGACGCAGGAAAGACUCUGUUAAGAAUUUCCAGGUCACGGUCAGACAUGCAGCUAACCUCCGUGACGACUCACUCGCAAAGGGAAUUGGAGAGUCCAGCAGAGGAGGAAUGUGUGGAGACAGGUUCUGAUGACACGUCUUCUGCAAAAUCUGAGGAGAAAACGGAUGGAUUGAAAAUGGGGAAAGAGACAGAUCGAGGGAAUCCAGAAGAGUCUAUCCCACGAACACAAGUGGAUAGGAGGAAAACAAGUCCGUAUUUUUCAAGUAAAUACAGUAAAGAAGCUCCUAGCCCACCCAGAAGGAAGGCCUUCAGAAAAUGGACUCCUCCGCGUUCUCCUUUUAAUUUGGUCCAAGAAACACUUUUCCACGAUCCAUGGAAACUUCUCAUUGCAACCAUAUUUCUCAAUAAAACAUCAGGUAAAAUGGCAAUUCCUGUGCUCUGGGAGUUCCUUAAGAAGUAUCCUUCUCCUGAAAUAACCAGGACUGCAGACUGGAAAGAAAUGUCAGAGCUGCUCAAACCUCUCGGUCUCUACGAACUCAGAGCGAAAACUAUCAUCAAGUUCUCUGAUGAGUACCUGAGCAAGCAGUGGAAGUACCCCAUCGAGCUGCACGGGAUCGGGAAGUACGGGAACGACUCCUACCGAAUCUUCUGCGUCAACGAAUGGAAGGAGGUACAGCCGCAGGACCACAAGUUAAACGUGUACCACGCGUGGCUGCGGGAGAACCAGGAGAGGCUGAGCAUAGACUGACGGCAGCCGCCUCGUGCCCCGGCGCUGGCCAUGCAGCGGGAGUCCCUGCAGCGCUGCCCUGACGCCACAGCUCUUCAUGUGCGCGUGUGACGUGCCCGGCGCUGGCGGCGGCGUAAUGGGACGGUCACG